AUGCCUCCUUCCACGAUGAGCCCGCGCUCGUCCCCGCCUAGCUCAAGUCGCUACACGGACGCUCUACCCUUUCCCCGCAACACGAGCAUGUCGGAAUUCGAAGUCGAGCACUCGUCGGUGAAGGUUCCCGUCUCUCCUCCAAAGCCUCGGAAAGGGCGAGCUUCUUCAGAACGCGAUGUCGAGGUCGCGCUACGUUCGAGCGUCCCCGCCCUUCUCGCUGCGAGAGCACGCCCAUUCACGGUGUCAGGGCGCAUCCCUAUCGAUCCUACUGCAUUGAAACUGUUCUUCAGAACGAGGAGUGGAAUCACGUACUCGGUGGACUUCCCCGUUGACAUCGAUUAUGACAUUCCUCCAGGCAUGGAAGUGCUUAUCGCAGCUUGCCUACCACAUUCACCAGCAUUUGACGACUUUGCACAACCUCAGAACGAAUCCCUGUUUUUCCCGCAGGACCUACCUCUUACCUCGACGCUCGAGAUUGCCAAUCACCCAAUAUUGGAUGCUAUGCGGAACACUCUGUUCCCUACACUACCUGUCGGACACUACCUCACCACUCUUCGAGACAAGCUUGAGAUUGUGUUGAGCGGGAGCAACAUGCCGGUUCAGCUGCGGCCAAACGAUAAUCGGGUGGCGACCAUUGUCGUGACAUUACCCUCGCGCUUUCGCGGCGGUCCACUUGUCGUACGCAAUUCAGAGGGUGUGGAGGAACGGUUCUUCGGUCGUGGUGGGAAGAGUGGGUCCAUAGAAUGGACGGCGUUCAUGGCGGAUUGUGAUCACCAUGUUGAGACAGUGCAGAAGGGUUGUAGGGUGACUGUCAGCUACGCUGUCCAUCUCAAGACAUUCGGACCGGCAGCCAUACAGCCAGACCCGCUGAUCUCGCCUAGCGAUCAGUUCUUGGACUUGCUGUCACCGAUCCUCAACUUGUCGCGCGGUCGCCGCAUCGCAUUCUAUCUGACCGGCGAUUACGGUGUUAACCCUGGGGAGGUUCUUGCGGAAACGCUGGUGCCACACCUCAAAGGUGGGGACUCCUUACUCUACCACGCUGUCAAGCUAUACAAGCUGGGCCCCGAGUUGCGCUGGACAGCAGGCGGUUACAUUUGGCCCGUUGACCAGACUGUCGAGUUCACCAACGAUGCCUAUGAUAGCCCAACACUACCACAAGCCUCCACGCCUUUAUCUGUUUUGGAUGGUGGUCGCUUGCCCCCAAUGCAAGGUCCCUUUAGCUCAGGAGCCUCGGAGCCCGGCGAAGAAGAAGAGGAGAGUUUGCGAACGCGUGUUGAGAAGAGUGGUGCGAUCCCUUUGUCCGAUACGGACAUCGUGCUACUGAACGAUAUGCUGCGAGGGCCCGUCGCGAAGCAGAGAGUACCCUUCGUGCAGAGAGGGGAGCUGGAGAGGUUAGUUGUGAAUGUGCUUAUGGUUUUAUACGUUCCCUAA